AUGAAUCUACAAGCUGCUUUGUGUAUCCUUGCGGUCCUAUGCGUCAACGGGUUACCCACUGGAACGCUCUCCUUCAGCCAAAACCCCAAUUCCACAUGUCUUGAAACGCAUACGGCGGUGAAGGGAGACACAUGCGAUACUAUAGCAAGUAGAAACGGCCUAACGGUCUCUGAGCUCCAGACAAUUAAUGCCCGCCUCGGCGAUAUCUGUGCCAGCAUCAAACCUGGUCAGAAUUACUGCGUGAGGGAGCUGCUCUGGGAGGGGGAGAAGCUAUUUGCAAAUGCAACCGGUUCUGUUCCCGAGAUCGAGAUAGCAGUCCAGGGACAGAGUGCGGUAUCGGAGACUGUUCGAAAGAAGCAACUGAGCUCAUGGCUAUCUGUGCCAGGCAGUGGCUUCCCUGUCGUUCAAGAAAUAUUUCAAAAACGUGCCACCAGGUCCUUGACCAUUCGGGACAACGAUACUUGUGAGUCCAUCGCGACUGUUGCAGGAAUUUCCGUAGGAGAACUUGUUACGCUAAAUCCCGUAACCCUCGCAAACUGCGGAAGCAUCAGCCGGAAUGCGUUGGUCUGUCUGGGAUCCUCUUCCUCUCCAUCCAUGGGGGCCGCCAAAUCUACAAACUCCGCGGCCCCGAUUCCACUCGCAAACGGCAGAAGCUUCGUCAGAAACUUGGCCACGGUUUUCUUAACUCCACGAAAAUCACCGUGA